UUCGCAUCGGGCACUCCCGAGGGUGCAAUCGUACGCAUGUGAUGUAUCGAAACCAGUGCUUUUCCAGACGCCACUCCGAAUUGGUCGCUGUCCGCGGUGUGGCACGAUGAAGUUAAUCCUGUUUGUUUUGUGUGGAAUUUUAACUGUUUUCUUACGGCCGGUCAAUGCAUCGGAGCCUGACGCGUUAGCAGAUGAUGUGGAAAAGUUGGGCGACCGGGGACCCUUGCUGGUAGACAACUAUAUACCGGUGACGAUGCAAAUAUUGCACCACUGCAUCGAGAUGAUUCAGUACGAACCAACGAUGACACCACCGCCCGCAGAAGCAGGCACAACCCCGUUAACAACUACAAAGCGUCCUGUGACAACGUCCCCAACUCCAACAACUAGUGUAUCUACUUCUACCAAUAAAUCUCCAGAGCAAACUUCUUUGACUACGGCUAAACCGGCAGAUACAACACUGUUCCCAACAAGCCCUCACAAACCGGGGUACUAUGGGCCAGAGAAGCCGCCACCAACAGUGGUGACCACCACGACACGUAAAACACCCGCCAGUAGCACAACGACAACAGAGACUCCCAAAGUGAACGAAAAUCCCGCCACCACUGAAAGUUUGCUCUGGAGUGACAAGCCCUUUACUGAAUGGUUCUUGCAAAGCAAGCGCAAGAAGGUACAACAGAACACAUUGCAAAACGCAGAGCUGCUUGAUCCGCUACCGGCCAAGGUACUGCAGGACUUUAACCGAGAACCUUAUGAACCGCUUGCCCUGCGUCCGGAGGAUAAUGCCAAUGAGUUCCGCCGCCUGUAUGAUGACAAUUAUCGUGGCCCAAUAUCAGUGCUGGUGCUGGAAAAGGGCACUAAAAAGGGAGGUAAAAAGCGAGUACCACCAACGAAACCCUACCUGCAUAUGCUCGUGCUGUACGAUCUCCUGAAGCGUGAGGCCAAGAAAAAUAUGUACAGCAUCUAUGAGGGAUAUUCGGAAGCUAUUUUAAGUGAGCUAUACCAGAUGAAUUUUGCGACGGCAAAGGAUCAGCUACACUACGCCCUCACGCAGCUAUUAGAGCGAAAGGAUAUCGAAAAGUCUGACGUAGUUUCACGCUCGAAGCAGAUGAUUACGGACUUGAACACUCGCAAUAGCGCCAUAACAAUGGCGCUGGAAGUAGUGCCUCCGCUACGAUUUGGAUUGUGAUUUUGGGUAACUAGAGCCUCCGUACCCUGUACUUUAAAAGCGCAAGUAAUAUAUGUAUUUACACAAUUUAUAAUCAUACUCGAAAUGCAGCAGCCGCGUUUUAGCUUACUGCAUACCAAAAGAAA